UGGCGGCUGUGCAUUAGACAAUGACAGUGUAUUUCUCCUAAACUCAGAUGUCAAUUUUUCGAUUUGCACAGAAGUGAAACAGUGAGGGAUUCAUUAAUUUAAAAAAUGUAGUCCGUUGAAGUAUUUAUAAAUUGUUGGCACGAAAGUGCUCAGGUGCUAGAGUGAAAUAAUUAACAAAAAUGGUGCAGACUUAACCUAUUUUAAGGGUGAAAAUUGAAUAGCUAAAUCUAAGAAAAUGCCUGGAAAGAUAAAAGUGAGGAUUCUGGCAGGAAGAAAUCUGCCAGUUAUGGAUCGUUCUGGCGAUACAACUGAUGCUUACGUGGAAAUUAAAUUCGGAAAUACGACUUACAAAACUGAUGUGUGCAGAAAAACCCUCAAUCCCCAGUGGAACUCUGAGUGGUACAGGUUCGAGGUUGAUGAUGCUGAGCUGCAGGACGAACCCCUGCAGCUAAGAUUAAUGGACCAUGAUACUUACUCUGCCAAUGAUGCUAUUGGCAAGGUCUACUUGAAUCUCAAUCCCCUGCUACUGCCUGGAUUGCCUCCACCUGUUAAAAAUAUCUGGACAUUAGAGGCUGCACUCAAUUCCAGUGCAGGAUCUCAAGGAGGUUCCGUCAUGACAGGCUGGAUUCCAGUGUUUGAUACAAUGCAUGGGAUAAGGGGCGAGGUCAGCAUCAUCGUCAAGGUGGAGUUAUUCUCAGACUUCAAUAAAUUUCGACAGUCGUCCUGUGGAGUUCAAUUUUUUUAUUCUCCAAAUGUUCCCCAAGGCUAUCACGUUCAGGUAAUUCAUGGAUUCGUGGAAGAGCUCAUCGUGAGUGACGAUCCAGAAUACAAGUGGAUCGACAAGAUAAGAACUCCGCGGGCAUCAAAUGAGGCACGUCAAACGUUAUUUUUCAAACUCAGUGGCGAAGUCCAGAGGAAAAUCGGUCUGAAGGCUCUAGAUCUCGGUGGAAAUGCUGUCAUUGGAUACUGCCAGAAUUUCGAUCUGGAAGGAGAAUCAGGCAUCGUAGCUCGUGGAAUUGGCACAGCGGUAACCCUCAUGAAGCUUCAAGAUAUCAGUCUCCUGAGUGAUAGCCAAAACGUCGAAGACCUUUCAUAUUUUGUUUCGCAAUAUAAAACCCAACUAGAUUAUUCUGAGAGUGACGAUGGUUUGCCUCUGCUUCCGAAUACCCCGAGUCCCUUAUCCCGCUCUCCAACGAGCCUCGAAACCACAAAGAUAGGGAAAAGUUUUCCAAAACACGACUGGAAUAAAAGGCCACGAAUAGCCAUGAGGAUAACUGACUACAAAUCGACAGAAGUCAAACGACAAAUGUCCUUGCAGUGCAGUCCCUUAGAAAAUCUCAGAAAAUCUGGGGCCUUGUCAACUCAUUCCUUGUCAGACGAAUUGAUACGUGAAUCGUCUCUGAGAACAAUGUUGGCCCUUGAGGACAUGAGGGGUGAGAGAACCUCAGCGUUCUCUCGUGGUCUCAAGAAUCUCAGGUACUUGCCCAAAAAGAUGAUUCAAAUGAAAUCCAAGAUCUCUGACUCGUUUGACGAAGAGAGCGAUGACUCGACUUACUCAAGCACGUGGUCAGUGGCUGGGUCAGACACCACUCGGUCCUCAUUUUCAGAGCUCAGGCAAUCGAUCAGGAGAAAGAAAUUUACCCAUAAGAAAAAUCAGUCCGAGGGCAUCGCAGCGAUGCUCAUCAAAUCGGUUCACGCUGGUUUUCCCCUUGAUUGUGUUCUAGAGGACCGAGAGACACCUGCCCCGUCCCCUGUUAACUUUUUAGAGAAUUUUGAGAGUACUGAUGGUGAAACGAGGCCCUUCAGCACCUCUGAUGAUGGGAAUUCCAAUCAGGAGGCUGGGGAAGACGUCUCCAUUGAACACAACGUGAAAUGCAAUGUUUUCGGGGAUAAAAAUCAUGGGUAUGACUAUACCGAGGGCCACGUUCCCAUGAUGUCCUCGUCCGAAACUGAUACGUCAACGUCUGAUGACGAACCUUCGGAGUCUAGCACUAAUUACAAUAUCCUUGAGGAUUCGCUUAUUAUUGAGAAAUUUGAUGAACCACCGCCACAAGUUCCAGGGAAUUCUGUGGUACAAAUCUCCCGAACUUUUGAGGAAAAAGAGUCUUUGGAGGAAAGAGUUCAGAAUAGUAGUACAGAUUAUAAUAUUCUUGACGAUUCUUUCUCACAUGGAAUUGAAUGUAGCAAUGAUGCAUUGAAUGGAACUCAUCUACAAGAGAUUGAAGGUAUCAAUCCCUCAGAUUCUGAUAAACCAGAAACAUCAAACAACUUGCAAGAAGUUUCGUCGAAUCAGAAUGUCCAGAAUGCUAUUCAUAAUACCUUGAUUAAUCCAUUUUCAAUUGAAAUUGAAUCGAAUAUCAACGAAUUGACCGAAACUCAUCGUUCAGAUUCUGAGGGGAAUAUAAUUACUAAGAUCAUCGAAAAGAACCCAUCCUUGGAGAAAAAUGGUUUAAAUUCGAGCACAGAUUAUAAUAUUCUAGACGAUAUUGCCUCAGGUGGGCAAGAACUCAGUAAUGAAGAAUUAAAUGUAGUUCCCUCACGAAUAGCUGAGGGAAUCGAUGGCUCUCCUUCAGAGCAAUAUGAAAUAUCUGGAAUUUUUAAUAAAGAAGAUCAAGAUCUGGUUGAAUUCUCGCAAGGAAUAAUCCUCGGCUGUAGCUGCGAGCCUGAUGAUAGUGCACUCCCGUUGAUUCCUUCCCUCUCGGAUUCAGAGAUUAAACUGCCUCUUCCAUACGAACUUUCUCUCAAAGACUCCGCACUGAAGACUUCUCCAAGUUUCAAAUUGAAAGUUCUUGGGAAACAGAGGAAGUUCGAUACAGUUGAUGAGUCUUUUCUUGCUGCAAGUACCCCUGUGGAUGUUGCCGACCGAGUUCUACCUCCAAACUUUGAAGAAAGAUCUGCAGAUGAUAGUGAAGCCGUACCUGCACUAGAUACUCACGAUAUUUCUCUUUCAAAUGAAAUACCAGAAUCAUCCUUGAUCGAUCUCAGCGAUAUCGAGGUCAAUGCCCCACCGAAGUUCCAUCCAGAAGUGAUAGCAGUCAUCCGAAAGGAGAAACCGCCUCUCGAUUCAAAAUCUCCGAGGAUCCUAGAGACCAUGCACCAUAACAACGCAGAGAUAUCGUCUAAAACCUCGGAAAAUUCAAUUGCAGAAGAUUCCCCAAUUCCGUAUAAAAGGUAUCUAUUUCAGUCUGGCUCUCUCGAAGGAAAAUCUCGUCACGAUAAAAAGGAUAGGACCCCGAAGAAGGUCUCAAGGACAGAGACAGUGAUAUACAAGGGGCCUCCGAAGCUCAAGCCUCAGGCUCAUCUUCCAGAAAGUCAACCAGGCACUUCGAGAAAAAAUCCUGAGACAAGGGAUUCCAAAUCCCUCUCGAUACCCUCAAAACCAGCAAUAAUAAUCGAUCCUGCGAGCACAGACAAUUCUCAUCUGAAGCCACCAGCACAGCUCGACCUAGAUGUGAAUAUUCACACCCCAUAUUGCAUCCACAAUGAGAAGCCCCUGGAGUUCCCUCUUCCCCAAGAGUUCACGAUAGAAGCUCAGCACAUGAGCGAGAGAUUCAGAAAGAAUUAUCGUCAGUACUGCAUGUUGGAUUUGAUUCGAACGAUAGACAUCAAGAUGAUGGCGCACCACAUGCACGUCGAGCGAAAGGAGUCGACUAGAAGCAAAAAGAGACAUGGCCACAGACACGUGAACUCAACACCAUCCCCAGAGUCAAUCCACCGUAUUAAAUCGCACAGAAGAAACUCCAGAUCGAAGUCCCCAGAGAGGCAUCACCAUCACCACCACUCACACCACACCCACCAAAUAUCUCCUCUGGUUACACACUCUCCAAAUCCCACAGCCUCGAGCUCUUACUAUUCCACCAAGUCCUCGAAAAGCCCCCAGUCCCCGGUAGAAUCAUCCCCAAGACAUGCAAAUCUGAACGAAUUCAUUUCGAAGGACAAAUUAAUACCCAGUGAUAAGAUAUUAGAUCAUGACAAAAUCAAACGACGUAACGAAUUGUCAAGAUCAAUUAAUAAUGACUUUAGUGAUGCCAUUCCCCUGAGUGUCAUUAAAAAAUCCACUAAUUCUCAAUGUUUGGAUCCUAAAGAGAUUGAUAUCUCAGUGCACAAAAGUCACAGUGAGGAUAGUUUGGAAGAUUUACAGAGCCAUUUAUCAAUAACUAAUAUUACUAACUUGGCUAAAAUGACUGACGAAACGCGUGUUGCCUCUCCGCCUCUUAAUCCCAGACUGCAGGAGGAGUCAUCGAGCCCAGUGCAUCCACCGGUUUUUCCAGCCUCUGUUGGCUCCAAGGGAACCAAUACACCAGCAACUAAAUUACCUGCACCACUUCAUCGAAGAUCCAGCGAUUCUGACUUGAGUAUCACACCAAAGGGAUUUUGUAAAUUCUUUCACAAACGGAAUUCGCUGGCUGGUAGUGACAGAUCGAUGGGAGGCCAUUUGAGGCCGUCGACAGCAAUUGUCAGGACGAUGAAUCAAGAUGCCUUGGAGAUGCUGGAGUAUCCAUUCAUCACGAUGCAGUACUACCCAGCUGGCUUCGUAUUACACCUUGGUGGGCUAGUGAGUGCGAGAUCCGUGAAAUUGAUUGAGAGAAUUACAAAUCUUGAGGAGCCAGAGGGUCGAGAUGCUUGGUGGAAGGAAAUUAGGAUGGAAGUUCGAUCACACGCUCGUGCACUCGGGUGUAAUGUUGUUCUUGGUUAUAAAGAGGAGAUAAGUAUAUGUGAUGACGUCUGUGUGCUGAAUGCCUCCGGUACAGCAGCUGUGAUAAAUCUCUUGAAUACCAGUCAAGAUCAGGAGAUAUUGCUCAAUAAAACACAAACGCCUGCAGUGACAAAUCCCGUUGAUGCAGAAAAGGAGAGAAACUUACAAAAAAUAGUGGCUGUUAAAAGUGAAAAGAGUGAGGAGGUGCCAGGUGCUUAUCAAAAUCAGCCACUUAAAAUUAAACGGAUUUCAGAGUCCAAUGAACAUGAAACACCUCAUGUACCAUUUCAAAGUGCUUGCAGCCUCUGUCAUCUUCCCUACAAUGAAUCUAGUGUGCCUUUUAGAGUGGAUGUAUCGAAAUGUGCAAUAUGCAGACGAUACAAAGUUCCUGAUGUGUUGUUCACAACUAUUGAGUUACCAGAUAAUAUACCAACGACAGGAGGUGGUUGCUUUCUCCAGGCUACUGUCUGUAAAAAUAAGAGAGAUCUCCGGGGUGAAUUGAACGCCAAAGAGAUAUCCGAUUGUUUACCGUUUUUAGAAUACGAGUUGCACAGUUUGUUGUUGAAUAAGCUCAAAGUUAAAGGCAUGAAUGCUAUUUUCGGACUGAAAGUUCAGGUGUCCAUUGGGGAGAGGCUUGUUAUUGGCAUGGCUGUCGGUACUGCUGUGUUUUUGACUGCUUUGCCUGUACCGAGUGUACCCAAAAUAGCGUCUGGUAAUACCUGGCAUAAUGAGGAACAACUUGGAGAUAUACAGAAGAAUCUAAUCGAGACAGUCAAGAAAAAUCGAGAGUAUUACAGACUCAAGCCGCUGGCUGAUAUUGAAAACGGCCGAGCGAUGACAACAUCAGACACUGAUGAGUCCGAUGACGAUCUUCCUGAUUUAGAUUUAGGGGCAGGAACGAAAGACGCUUGUAUUCUGGAAGUGGAUGAUGUUGAGGAUAUGGACAGAAUAAAUCUCCUGAUGGAUGACAGACCCCCCGACGAUUUCCAUGUUGUUAAUACUCAAAGCAUACUUGGCCUGGAAGACCUUGAGAUUGUCAGAAAUCUUCAAAUGUUCACUCAGAUAUCGAGGGCGAAAAUUCCAUCUGGGCAAUUUGCAUCAAUGCCCUCGAAGUACUUCGCCAGGAUUCUUCAAACUAUCUUCUUUAAGCUCAGGCGAAUGGUGCCAUGUGCUCUCUGUGAUAUGCAGUUUAAAGUAGCACUACCUGAACAGGAUGAGAUACAGUUGACUGUCGUGGGGAUGGCUUUGGGACUGGGAGAACCCACGAAGAUGAGUAGAUACAAGAAGAAGGGUGUUAACAAUUCCUCGAGCAAGGAUCAACUGAAGAAAUCGGAUGACAACGAUUUGAUUUUCAGUCUUGAUGAGGAUCAUGCUGAGAAUUUGAAUGUGGAUGGCUCGACGGGAAUUAAUCAAUCAUUGACGUCCGUUUCGAAUUCUCCGUUGAUCAAUUCGAAUCAGAAGUGCCAACCCAAGUCUCCGUUCAAGAGCAAGUCCCAUCAGCACAAGUACAAGCAUGUUCCUCUGAAAGAGAGAUAUGGCGUGGAUAUCACACCCCUGUCGUAUCUACCCGGUGGGAGAAUCGAGAGGUAUUUAGGAAACUUGAAUUUCUUCUUCAUCAGGGAGAGCACAUCCAUUAGAGAGAAUGGCGGACUGAGCGGAUUUACUCACAGCUUUGUGACGGAAGUAUUGGCGAUUGUUCGAGCUCAUAUUACAGCCCUUGGGGGCAACGCCAUGGUCGCUUUCUUCAUGAUGCAGUGUGUACUCCAACACAGUCCACAUAAAAAUCAGGGCCAGUGUCUCAUCAAUGUUGGGGGUGAUGUUGUGUCUGUGUCUUAUUUUGGGGAUGAAAGACACAAUCAGAAUUGCUGACAGCAACCACCCUACUCUGCUCCACCGUAAAGAUACGGCCAGAUACCGACGAUGAAUUGAGUAUAAGUGGAGAGAAAUGAGAGAAUACACUAAGAAAAAAAAUAUUUCUGUGCCAAUUAAAUAUAAUUGAGACCAUCUAAUGGUUGAAUUAUUAAUUUCAUUACGAAUCAUGCAGUGCUGUACGGAAAAUCCCCGUUUUUAUUCUUGUCUCCAACAAAUUUCUUUAACACUAAACUUCAUGCGGAGAUAAUAUUUUUCUUAGUGUCAUGAAAGCUCUGUGAUCAGAAUCACGUACUGUCAUGAAAGUGCCACUCGUAUUUGAAAUCCGAUUUUUUGUUAUAUAUUUUUUUAGGAGAGUUAUCUCACAAUCUCGCCAUUUUUAGAGAGGAAUAAUUUAUGUUUGAAAAAAAUUCGUUGGGUGGAUUAUCCUCACUGGAUUCCAUAAUCGAGGGAUUUUAGUGCGAGAGUAGUUCGUGCAUGAAAUCAAUCAAUAUUAGUCGACUGUUUUGUUACCAGUGUUUCGUUAUUUAUUGCACUGUUGAAAAUUUUAUACUGAUGUUUCCGGUUGGAGAGUUUGAGUUUUACGUAAAGUAAUAUUCUAAAAUAAAUUUUCCACUAAAUUUUGAAUUGAAUAUUGAAAAUAUCGUGAAAACCCAUGAGAGUUAUUGAUUCCAGUGGCAUUAGUUUGCAAAAAAUAUGUAAAAGUUAUCUGGAAAAUUCAAUGAAAAUUUUUCAACAGUGGUGCGUCGUGUAUUUUACUGUUUUGAUUAAUUUUGAGCCAACGAUGAUUUUGUUGAGUUCUCCAUAUUUUUUGUCAUGUUAAACCACGGGGUUUGUAAGCGACAAUAUUAUUAGAAAGCAAGCCUUAACACAAGUCUCAAGAGGAUCUAGUCGUACUAAUAAAACAUAAUUUGCAAUCGAACGAAUUAGCGAGCGCGAAGUUUCCACAACUUGACUCGUAUCUUUAAUUAUCUCGUGCUCUCGAGCCACUAGACUAAUCAAUGCACUCGCAAUAACCACUGCUCUGAUCAUUAUCACAUCACUUAACAGUGCUAAUUGUUAAGUUAACACUGUACCUAAGACUUCAGUAGGUGUUGAUUCAUGCCCACAGUCGAUAAAUUCCCAUAAUGAUAGGGUCUUGGAGAUAAUGGAAACAGUAUUAAUCCAAUUAUUGUUUCGCUAUUUUUUGUCGUUUCCAUUUUCUCUAAUUUCUCUCAACAUAAUUCAGGAGUAACGCAUUCUCAUCAUCUCUUUAUCGAUGCUUGAGACUGUUUGAACAAUCGAUAGAAUACCAUGUAAAUUACCUAAGCGCUCAAAAUUAUACAGGAACGUUCGGUUGUGCAAGAAUUGAACAUGACAGUUCAUUAUUUUUAAUUAAUUUAGUCGUAAGAAUCGAGCGUUUUUCAGUAGUUUGAGAUUCGCACUUGUC